CAAGCCCAAUUGUAACCCGCAUCCAAAAGCCCAAAUAAGCGAUUUUCUGCUUCUUCUUCCUCAAGAAAAGAGAAGAAUUUAAGCAAUAAGCAAAAGCAGGAAAAAUCUGAAGCAGGGUUUACAAAACAAAUUUCACCUAUUCACGUUAAAACAUGAAGUUCAUCCCCGAAGAAGGAAAGCACCUUCACGAAGAUUGCUCCACUUUGAUUUUGCCUGCUGUGUCAAUUGGGAAUGUUGGGCAGUUAACAGCAGACCUUUUGGUUUCAUCAAUGGGUUCUGAGAAAGUUGGUUACUUGGAUGAUCCUUAUGUUCUUCCUUGUGUUGGCAAUGAUGCUUAUGGACCUUUUCCUCAAGGAGACCUUGCCCUUCCUCUUGAAGCUUAUGAUUCUCCUUCUAAUGGUCUUACUGUUAUCCAGCAGAGGUCCCCUGUAAUUAAGGGUAUGAUGCUCGAGUUUGCAAAAAACAUGGCUGAUUUUAUUGCUGGAAGUGGAAAGAAGCAUAUCAUUAUUCUCUCCAGCUUAGAUUUUGGAAAGUGGCAAAAGGUCGACAUGUCAAGUGGUUUGCAGAUUUAUUACCUAUCUAGUGCCAACAGCAACGGAGCAGAUGAAAACUGUGAACAGCUUGGGUGGAAGAAACUUCAGGAGUAUGACCCUUCUCAAAAGCAUUGGAAAUAUCUUAAUGAUUUAGCUGAAGGAAAUGCAACGCCUGAAGAUACUACAUCUAUUGAAGAUGAACUUGAAGAAGAAAAUUAUUAUGCUAGCUUACCUUUCGCUGCGCUUUUUUCUUUUCUCAAGGCUAAAGGUUUGAAGGUUACCUGCUUAUUAUGUUAUUGCUCAGAAGGAGAUAACACGUCUGAUGCUUUUCAAUUAGCUGAUGCAGCAUGCAAACUUCUAAGGCUGAGUCACCCCAAUUCUGGAAUUGAAGGUGGCAAGUGGCGAAUUCCGCUUUCUUGGAUGUCUGUAUAUGGACCGCCUCCAGAUGUGUCCAUUUUCUAAGAUUAGGUUGUUGUAAUUCGUGUAGUUAAAUUAUGGCCGAAAAUGGAUAUUACUGUCCAUCUUUUGUGGCUCCAAAAGCAUGUUAGCAGUGUUAGUUUUUUUUUUUUUUUUUACUUGUAACGCGGAAUCUGAUGCAUAGUUUGUGUCUCGAAAAUCAACAAGGAAAUUCGCUUGAGACUUUAAAGAUAUGAAUUGGCUCAAACAUAUGUUUGAAGUCUCUUCAAUUGAUUUCCAAACAUCCUAUAAAUCCCUAAGUUUUGUUUUA